UCCAGCCGCGAGUGCAGCAGCGGGGCAGUCCGUGUUCGGCGUCCUGUGUGCCAGCACCAUGGCCACCCCUGGACUGCAAGACAUCCCCUUGCUCCCUGGCUCCCCACGCAGGCUGAGCCCUCGUGCAGUGGCCAGGGGCGGCCAGGGCCCCAAACAAGGACAGCAAUACCUCAAGGUGCCGGGUCCCCCAGCCCCAGGUCUGCAGGGCAGCUCCAACAGAGAUUCUGGCCAGCUGUCCAGUGAAGAGAGCUCCCACAGCAGCUCCGUCGUCAACAACUACCUGGAUGCCAACGAGUCAGUGUCCUCGGAGGCCCCUCUGAGUCGCAUGCACUUCCAUGACAACCAAAGGAAGGUCGACUACGUGCUGGCCUACCACCACCGGAAACGAGGGGCGCAUCCCAGCCACAGCUCCCCUGGCCAGUCGCUGGCCAUCAUCUCCAAUGGGGAGACUGGCAAGGAGCCCCAUGCUGGGGGCUCUCGUGACAUUGAGUUGGGGCGGCUGGAUGCCCUGGAGGAGGAGAGGAAGGAGCAGCGGGAGGAGUUUGAGCACAACCUGAUGGAGGCUGGGCUGGAGCUUGAGAAGGACGUGGAGAGUAAAAGCCAAGGAUCCAUCUUUGUCCGGAUACAUGCCCCGUGGCAGGUGCUGGCCAGAGAGGCAGAAUUCUUGAAGAUCAAAGUUCCCACCAAGAAAAAGAUGUAUGAGAUCAAAACAGAAGGCUGCAUUGCAAAGAAGUUCAAUGAGAUUCUGCAGAAGCUGAGCUCACCCCUGAAGCCCAGAGUUCCAGAGCAUAGUAACAACAGGAUGAAAAACCUAUCCUACCCAUUCUCCAGGGAGAAAAUGUACCUGUACAACAUUCAGGAUAAGGACACCUUCUUUGACAAUGCCACCCGUAGUCGAAUUGUGCAUGAGAUCCUGAAGCGCACAGCGUGUUCCCGAGCCAACAACACAAUGGGUAUUAACUUUCUGAUAGCAAACAAUAUCUAUGAGGCAGCCUACCCUCUUCAUGAUGGUGAAUAUGAUAGUCCAGGGGAUGACAUGAAUGACAGAAAGCUGCUGUAUCAAGAAUGGGCACGCUAUGGAGUGUUUUAUAAGUUUCAACCUAUUGACCUCAUCAGAAAGUAUUUUGGAGAAAAAAUUGGACUGUAUUUUGCUUGGCUGGGAUUAUAUACAUCAUUCCUCAUCCCAUCUUCUAUAAUUGGUGUGAUUGUGUUUCUUUAUGGAUGUGCAACAAUUGAAGAAGAUAUUCCCAGCAAAGAGAUGUGUGACCAGCAGAAUGCCUUCACCAUGUGUCCCCUGUGUGACAAGUCCUGUGAUUACUGGAACCUCAGCUCAGCCUGUGGUACAGCGCGGGCCAGCCACCUGUUUGACAAUCCUGCCACUGUCUUCUUCUCCAUCUUCAUGGCUCUGUGGGCUACCAUGUUUCUCGAAAACUGGAAGCGAUUGCAGAUGCGAUUGGGCUACUUCUGGGACCUGACUGGUAUAGAAGAGGAAGAAGAACGUGCCCAGGAACACUCCCGGCCUGAGUAUGAAACCAAAGUUCGAGAAAAAUUGCUAAAGAAGAGUGACCAGACUGUUGUCCAGAAAUUGGGGACCAACAUGAGUGAGAGCGGGGAUGAGGUAAGAUGCUGGUGCUUUUUGCUCACUGUCCUCUUUAUUUCUUAA